UAGACUUGACCAGCAAAAAUCGGCAACAUGUCCUCCAUCUUCAAGCGCCGCCAGCCACGGCUGUUGCACGUCCUCAUCCAUCUCUUCCUAGUAAUCCAACUCUCCAGCUCGCUUGCGGCUGGUACGUUCAGCAACCGGACUACCAUGCCAGUUCCUUGCCGGCCGGACCAGGCCUCGGCGCUCCUCCGUCUGAAACGGUCCUUCAACAUCACCGUGAAUUCUACGUGCACCCUCCAGUCCUGGCGGCCCGGCACUGACUGCUGCCACUGGCAGGGUGUCAGCUGCGGCCGCGCCAGCGGCCGGGUGACUUCCCUCCACUUGGUCUUGAACUUUAAAGCAAACCAACUUCGAGGGAAGUUACCACAUGAUAUCAUGCAAGGUUGUGCAUCCGAGGAAAUGGACUUCAGUGACAACCAAAUCGAAGGCCAAGUUCCAAGAUCUCUACUUGCUUGCAGAGACUUGCAAGUUUUUGACAUCGGAAAUAACCAGAUCACUGAUAAUUUUCCAUGUUGGAUGAGCAUGCUUCCAAAGCUUCAAGUCCUGGUGCUAAAGUCUAACAAGUUCUUUGGGGAGAUGGGGACUCCUGUCCUAGGAAAGGAGAGCAACUGUGAGUUCACAAAGCUGAGAGUUAUUGAUUUGGCUUCAAACAACUUCUCUGGUACGUUGCAGAGCAAGUGGUUUAGGAGCUUGCAAUCAAUGGCCAGAAAAUCUUCAAAUGACGUAGUGUCGAUGCAAUACCAGCAUGUCACUGAUGGGACAAGAUAUCAAUUUAAUACUGCAAUUACAUAUAAAGGGUCUGAGGUCGUAUUUUCCAGGAUUUUGGAGACCCUUGUUGUCAUUGAUGUUUCAAAUAAUGCAUUCCAUGGUGUCAUUCCCAAGUCAAUCGGGGAGCUUCUUCUACUUUGUGGGAUAAACAUGUCACAUAAUGCCUUCACUGGACAAAUACCAGCUCAGUUUGGUGCUCUACAUCAACUAGAGUCACUUGACCUCUCUUCAAAUGACCUGUCAGGGGAGAUUCCACAGGAGUUAGCAUGGCUUGACUUCCUUUCGGUAUUGAACUUGUCGUACAACGGGUUGGUUGGGAACAUACCAGAAUCACCCCAUUUUCAGACAUUCAAUAAUCUUUCAUUUCUGGGGAAUAUUGGCCUGUGUGGACUACCAUUGUCCAAGGAAUGCGAGAAGACCAACCCAAAUAUGGUCUCACACUCAUUGAAGAAGAAAUCGGUGGACAUUAUACUAUUCCUCUUUGUUGGACUAGGAUUUGGUGUCGGAUUUGCAGUUUCAGUUGUUGUGAGUGUGACAUGGGGAAGCACAAUAGCAAAACAUCUUGAGAUGGCACUUCCUCGUGGUGUAGUAAAGUAUUUGGUAUGUAGAUUAGUCUGAACCUGAAAAAGGUGUCAGUGUUAGUAAGUGGAGCAGCUAUCUUUAUUGUUGUCACCAGUGCUAUAUAACGCAAAGUCUAGUUCUGCCCUACUGUCUAAAUGGUUGGAAGUGUGCUUGUAUGGAUAAAAUCAUGUAAGUAGUGCACCUUUUGUGCUUGGGUAUACCAUGUGUUUAAAUUGAGUACUUAUUUGUAGUUCAUA